AUGCCCAAAUCUGCGAGAAAGAACAACGGCGGCGGCGUGUCCAAGAGCGAUCCCUACUCGGGCGCUGCCUCGCGCAAAAAGGGCCACUCGGCCAACAACGUAUUCAAGUUCAACACGGAUCUCGGUCAGCACAUUCUCAAGAACCCUGGUGUCGCCCAGGCUAUCGUCGACAAGGCCGACCUGAAGCAGUCCGACAUUGUCCUCGAAGUCGGCCCCGGAACUGGUAAUUUGACAACCAAGAUCCUGGAAAAGGCCAAAAAAGUCAUCGCCUGCGAAGCCGAUCCCCGAAUGGCUGCCGAGAUCACAAAGCGUUUCCAAGGCACCCCUGCCCAAAAGAGACUCGAGAUCAUCCUCGGAGAUGUGCUCAAGCACCCACAACUGCCCUACUUUGACGUCUGCAUUUCGAACACGCCCUACCAGAUUUCUUCGCCCUUGACCUUCAGACUGCUUGCUCUGAGUCCCGCCCCUCGCUCUUGCGUACUCAUGUUCCAGCGUGAAUUCGCCAUGCGUCUGUUCGCCCAACCUGGAACAAAACUAUACUCGAGACUGUCCGUCAAUGCCCAGAUGUGGGCCAAGAUCAGCCAUGUCAUGAAGGUCGGCAAGAACAACUUCAACCCUCCUCCUCAAGUCGAGAGUGAUGUCGUCAAGAUUGUGCCAAAGGUCCCGCGUCCGCAAAUCAGUUACGACGAGUGGGAUGGUCUGUUGCGCAUCUGCUUUGUCCGCAAGAACCGUACGCUGCGCAGUGGCUUCUUGGGCACCACCAGUGUCAUGGAGAUGCUCGAGUCAAACUACCGCACCUACUGCGCUCAGAACAACAUUAAGCUGGCAGGCAACCCCAACCGCAAGAAGAAGGGCAAAGUGUCUGAGCUGGUCCGCCAGAAGGUGACCAAGGUGCUGGUCGAGACGACUGAACUCUGCGAGAAGCGUGCCAGAAUGUGUGACGAGGGAGACUUUUUGAAGUUGCUGUACGCCUUCAACCAGGAGGGCAUCCACUUCAGUUGA